UCAGAUGUUUUGGUUUCGGUCAAGGUCGGGCGACGUAAUUCACAGAUCCAUUGGUGAAGGUAUAUGACGACAGCUAUUGAAUUUCAUUUAAUAGGCAACUGCGUAGCAUUUAAAUGAAGUCAUGUUUAGUUCUAUGACAAGUUGGCUUGGUGUUGGAGGUGAAAAAAGUCCGACUGAAGAUUCAUCAGUAGAAGAAAACAAGGAAAACGAAAAAUCAGAAGACAAGACCCAAGAGCAGAAUCAGCCAUCCGAAACGAAGUCAACAGAAAAGGACAACGUUAACCCAGACAUUGCCACAGAGGAAAAAGACUUGUCUUUUGAUGAAGCUAAGCAGGCAUUGGAAGACGCAUCGUCUAAAGCAAUAAAUACAGCAAAGGAAUGGGGAAGUUUCCUGUACAGUUAUGGCAAAGCAGCUACUAAAACAGUGACUGACCAUGCCAAACAAAUAACAAAGUCUGUUGAAGAUAAGACAUUCCUCGGGGAUUUCAGUCGUGAACAAGAUAAGUUUGUGACAGAAAAGAAAGAAAAAGUAAAACGUUCCGAGGCUGCUGUUCCACCAUGGAUAGGCUAUAAUGAAGAGGAGAGCUUGAAGGAACAGAUCCUAGCACUGUCAACAGACAAGCGGCACUUCCUACGCAACCCUCCCUCUGGGAUCCAGUUCCAGUUCCAUUUUGAAAGCAUGUUCCCUAUUGCCACAGCAACUCUUCAAGAGGAUCCAAACCUACAGAAAAUGAGAUUUGAACUUGUACCUAAACAGAUAAAUGAAGAGACAUUUUGGAGGAAUUAUUUUUAUAGGGUCUCCUUGAUCAAACAAUCAACACAACUUACUGUUCUGGCACAAGAAACAGGGAGCACGGGUGAGAAAUCCAGCAAUGGGUCAAGGCGGUCAUCUGUAGGAAGUGUAGAUAAAGGUUUUUUGUUUGUGGAAACGAAAAAUUCUGCACCGAAUGAUCACCUUCAGAAGGAAGAAGAGUUCGUAGCUGGAAGUCCACCUCAAGACGAAUUCAUCAGCGACACCUUUCAAGAAAAUGACGUCAAUGAUGACGAUCUCCGAAAGGAGAUGCAACUGCUAGGUGUUGAUGAGAUAAAAGCAGACAAAAAUGACCAAGAAGAAGACACAGACAUCCCGCAGUGGGAGAGGGAGUUACAACAGGAACUACAGGAGUAUGAGAUGGUUAAUGAUGGGACAGAGCUGGACGAGGAUGACGGGGAUAUAGAGAAUGAAAUACUACAACAGAUUGAACAGGAAAGCAAGACUAUGUAAUAGCUGUGAUAUGUACAAACACAACACUUCCAACGUCGUGAUCAGCUCACAAAUUAUCAUUCACAACAGAGAUUUCUUUUGGAAUUCUUCUUAAAUUUGGUUGAAGGAGGAAAAGGUUGAUGACAUUUUUCUUUGAACAUAUCUUCGAUUAUAUGGAUGAACUAAAUAAUGAAGCAAUGUUGGAACCCCACUCCCCCUAGUACAUCACUCCUGUAACUUGUACAGUACACUUCCUUAUGGCUGUUACAUGUUAUUCUGUUUAGAAAUCAACAGCAAAUGUCAAGUUAGGUCAGUUUAUGUAACAUUUAUAAAUGUUUAUAUAAUAUAUAUAUGUUUAUAACUAAUAUAAAUAGGUCAAUUGAAGUAUAGUCAUGUGACAUGGACAUUAAACAAAGAACAACAAUUAUAGCAGUCUGUUUAGUAAAAUGGCUUACCAUAUUUGUGCUUCUUGAUUAUAAAACAUAAUCACAAUUUUUCUGAUAAAUUAAACCUUAUGGAAGGAAUGGGACCUGUUACCUGUACU